CUUUGUUAACGGCAACUUAACGCCUGUUGAUUCAAAAUGGCCGCCAGACCCUUUACAAUUUCUGUGAUGAAUCCAGUCGAUAUCGACAUUACAGUCUUUUCCUAUUGGCUCAAUGGCUACAGUCCAUCUGAUGCUGCCAAAGAAAGACAGAAGAAGGAGCCGAAGGAAUUUCACUGCUUUUUUGGUUUGGAUUAUUCACAACUUUUGAUAUCUGAAACUGAGGAGAUGUAUUCAUUGUUUAGAUCUAUUGAGCCGUAUCUUCAGUCCCCACCCACUUUCAUUAACCAGAGUGUGUUUCAGAUAUCUCCGCCCAUCAGGUAUAAACUAAUUGAGCUAUACUACACUUUUGAUGAAACUGUCGUUCGUGAAUUCCUCGGCAAAAAACUGAGUGGCAAGAACCGUCGUGACCUUGAUGACGUGAGCGAAAAAACCAAAGUCUCCCUAAAAUCCUGCAAGAGACAGUUUGAUAAUAUUAAACAAGUUCUGAAAGUCGUCGAUGACUAUGAAGGCUCUCUCGUAGAAAACGUCAAAGUUCAUUUUCACCUCCCUGAGGAGUUGAGUCAGAAUUAUGCGUCGAUUGUCUUCCUCUGUCAUAAUCGUUUCGAGACCGGAAAAAAGAAACUAUCACAUUGCAGUGUAGGGGAUUUCACCAAGUGUGCCAACCUCAUGAUAGAGCGAUGGAGCUCUGGAUCUCUAGGCUCUCACAGACAAGUAGACGACGACUUGGAACUCGAUAGAUAUUUCUUACAAGAACUUCACGAUAUUAAACUCAAUCUCAUAGACAGGGUUUGGAUAGAGUACCAUCAAAAACUAGUCUUGAGAGAUUUAAAGAGGAAGCACAUACCACAGUGGCUGAUGCGUUCUGUAGAAAGCAACUUUAAGCAUCUUUCCCGUACGCUAACGACCAUAGCCUCAUCUCUUAUUCACAAUAAAGAUCUAAAGGAUUAUUUCAUUGAUAUAAUGGAGAAGGUUAUUGAGCCACUAAUGCAGCAGAAAUGGUCGACUGAAGACAUUGAUGUGGUCCUCUCUUCAAUAGCUGAGACUUUUAGCGAUUGUGAAACAGGUCACCUUAAACAUUAUGGACGAGCAAAAAUCUCCCUCCCCCGCUGGUCUGAAACUUACCUCAGGUUUUUAGACGUUUUUAAACAAUGUGUACUAGUACUGUAUCACCAUUGAACUAAAUACAUGUACAUAUGUAUAUUGAUUGAUACUACCCCCACUCUCUCUUUCUCCAUUUCUUCCCCUUUUGAAUAAUUACAUCCUAUCAUACGUUAUGUCAUUCCUGACUUCAUGUCUUCUAUUCUUUGUUGUUUAAUACUUGUAUGUACUUGUAGUUCAUUCUCUUAUUACUUUCUAUGAAAUAUUGCUUCGGCUUUAUAUUACUCCAUCAAUCUCUUAUUAUCAUACA